AAACAUAUUUAUGUUUUGGCCGAAUCUCAUUAAAAUCAUAGAUUUCGUAUCCUAUUAAUAAUUAUAAUUAGCCCUCAUUUCAAAAGUGCUAAUGAUGUCAUCAAAUAGCUCCCCCCACCCAAAAAUUCAAGCUUUCUCAAAUCUCAACGUUUGAAAUUCUUGUCCUAAUAAAAAUUAAAUAAAAAAAUUAUCAUAAUUUAUCAAAAAAAAAAAGUAGUGAGCUCAAGGCUCCUCUAACAAGGGUGGUUGUCAAGAAAGAUAGAAGCUGAAUCUCCGUCGUGUACUCCUCACCUCUCUUUCUCUCUCCUCUCAAUUCCCCGCAUACUUCGCAGAUUAUCCUCUUCUUCUUAUUAUUACCCCCAUUUUGCUCUUUUUCCUCUCAAUUUUCUAGACACACAAGGAAAAAAAAUCAAUAAAAAUCCCACCUUUUUUCCUUGUUUAGUUCUACUAUCAUCUUUUUUUAUUACCCUUAAUUCCCCAUUUUGUUGGGAUUAUUUUGAAUAAAUUCCUUUUUUUUUUGUUGUUGAUAUUUAUUGCUGAUUUUGUUUGUCUUUAUUUGUUUUGUUGUUGUUAGAAGGCUUUCAUUUCAUUCAAUCAUUUGAAAUUGUGGAUAAAAAGGAAAGAAUUGUACAGUAAAUUUAGUUUUUGGGGUCAAUAUAUCUGUUAUUAGAUUCAAUUUUUGCCCAUUUUUGUGUGUGAUUAGAUCUUCUAGGACCAUUCUUCUUCAAUUUUGAUUUUUUUUAUCAAGUUUUAGUGGACCCAAUUUAGGGGUUUUUUUUAUCUGGGUAUUGGAAAUUCAAGCAAUUUAGCUCAAAUUUUGAACCCUUUUGAUCAAAUCUAAACAUUUGGGUCCUUGAAUUUGAACAUCUUUGAUCAAUUCAAAAAAUCUCAGAAAGAAAAAAAAAAAUGUAUGCAACAGAAAGCAAAAGAAAUAUGUCAUUUGAGUACCAGGCACAAAUAAUCAAUUAUAGGCCUAGUCUUCAUACAAGGAGGGCAAAUUUGACAGUAAAAUUUCAAGAUAUUUAUGGGUUUUCAGUUGAAGGGAAUGUUGAUGAUGUGAAUGUGUUGAAUGAGGUGAGAGAAAAAGUGAGGGAACAAGGAAGGGUUUGGUGGGCAUUGGAAGCUAGCAAAGGUGCUAAUUGGUACCUUCAUACUCAAGUCUCAUCAACCCUAAAAGCAUCCCUUAAAUUAUCAGCUUUAGCUAAUGCAAUCACAUUGAAAAGGUUGAUUAGGAAAGGGAUUCCACCAGUUUUGAGGCCUAAGAUCUGGUUUGCAUUAUCUGGUGCUGCUAAGAAGAAAUCGACCGUGCCUGAGAGUUAUUAUGAUGAUCUUAUUAAGGCGACCGAGGGCAAGGCCACGGCCGCUACCAAACAGAUUGAUCAUGACUUGCCUCGGACUUUUCCUGGCCACCCUUGGUUGGAUACACCUGAGGGCCAUGCAGCACUCCGACAUGUUCUUGUUGGGUACUCUUUUCGUGAUUCUUAUGUUGGUUACUGUCAGGGUUUGAACUAUGUUGCAGCAUUAUUAUUACUCGUUAUGAAAACAGAGGAAGAUGCCUUUUGGAUGCUAGCUGUCCUAUUGGAAAAUGUGUUAGUCAGUGACUGUUACUCAAAUAACUUAUCUGGGUGCCAUGUUGAGCAAAGAGUAUUUCAGGAUUUACUCACUCAAAAGUAUCCGAGGAUAGCUACUCAUUUGGAAGCCUUAGAAUUUGAUGUCUCCCUUGUUGCCACUGAAUGGUUCUUGUGCCUCUUUUCAAAAAGCUUACCUUCAGAGACAACUAUGCGGGUGUGGGAUGUUCUAUUUUACGAGGGAGCUAAAGUUUUGUUCCACGUAGCUUUGGCUAUAUUUAAGAUGAAAGAGGAUGAGUUGCUUCUGAGCCAUCAUGUUGGUGAUGUAAUAAGCAUAUUGCAUAAAACUACUCACCACAUGUUUGACCCUGAUGAUUUAUUGACGGUGGCUUUUGAUAAAAUUGGCUCUAUGACCAACACAAUAUCAAAGCAAAGGAAAAAGCAGGAACCUGCUGUCAUGAAAGAACUUGAUCAGAGAUUUAGACGGCUGAAUUCCCUUAACGAUGCAAGUUAACUAUCCAAUUGGCCUGUAGACCUUAAGUGUAAUUGUACAUGCCCCAGGCAUAACUGCAAGUGCAACUAUGACCGGAGGCAUUUUGGCGCUUGUAAUAUACAGAGUACAUUUUCUGCAGAAUUGUAGUUACAUAUUUUGUAAAUUAACAGAAUGUAACAAAAAAACUAAUUACAUCCCUAAAGAGGGCUGCUUCUAAUAUAUGCCCUUUAUUGGCUUGUUCAUAUC